CGGUGCUUCCGGUACGGGAAACUUAGCUGCCGCUGGAGCGGGCUUGACAGGCGCAGUCCCUGCAUGCAGGUCUUUCUCCUUUCGUCGGCCUCGCGUCUAAGCUUCCAGCGGCUUUGGCUCUGCCGUCCCGCAACUCCUGUCUCCGGAGCCGCCCCUUCCCCAUGUUCCGGGGCGGGAGUCCUGAAAGCCAAGACCCGUUCGCCGGUACCCCAUCAUGUCCGAACAGACUAAAGAGCUGGUGGAGCUGGUGUGGGGCACCAAGAGCAGUCCCGGUCUCUCUGACACCAUCUUCUGCCGCUGGACGCAAGGGUUUGUGUUUAGUGAAUCAGAGGGAUCUGCAUUAGAACAGUUUGAAGGUGGCCCCUGUGCUGUUAUUGCACCUGUUCAGGCAUUUCUUUUGAAGAAGCUCCUGUUUUCUUCUGAGAAGUCUUCUUGGAGGGAUUGUCCAGAGGAAGAGCUGAAGGAACUCCUUUGUCACACCUUAUGUGAUAUUUUAGAAAGUGCCUGUUGUGACAACUCUGGAUCGUACUGCUUGGUUUCAUGGUUAAGAGGAAAGACAGCCGAGGAAAAUGCUAGUAUUUCUGGGAGUCCUGCAGAGUCUAGUUGCCAAGUGGAACAUUCUUCUUCUGCCUUGGCUGUCGAAGAGCUUGGCUUUGAGCGAUUUCAUGCAUUAAUUCAGAAAAGAUCAUUCGGAAGUUUAUCCGAAUUAAAAGAUGCUGUCUUGGACCAGUAUUCAAUGUGGGGAAGCAAAUUUGGAGUAUUGCUUUUUCUGUAUUCUGUGUUAUUGACAAAGGGCAUUGAAAACAUAAAAAAUGAAAUUGAAGAUUCAACUGAACCUUUGAUAGAUCCUGUGUAUGGACAUGGCAGUCAGAGCUUAAUUAACCUCCUAUUGACGGGACAUGCUGUUUCUAAUGUAUGGGAUGGUGAUAGAGAAUGCUCAGGAAUGAAACUUCUUGGUAUACAUGAACAAGCAGCUGUAGGGUUCUUAACCUUAAUGGAAGCUUUAAGAUACUGUAAGGUUGGUUCUUACUUGAAAUCUCCAAAAUUCCCUAUUUGGAUUGUUGGCAGUGAAACUCACCUCACCGUAUUUUUUGCCAAGGAUAUGGCUUUGGUUGCCCCUGAGGCUCCUUCAGAACAAGCCAGGCGAGUUUUUCAAACCUAUGACCCAGAAGAUAAUGGAUUCAUACCUGAUUCACUUCUAGAAGAUGUGAUGAAAGCGUUGGACCUUGUUUCAGAUCCUGAAUAUAUAAAUCUCAUGAAGAAUAAAUUAGAUCCAGAAGGAUUAGGAAUCAUACUAUUGGGUCCAUUUCUUCAAGAAUUUUUUCCUGAUCAGGGCUCCAGUGGUCCAGAAUCUUUUACUGUCUACCACUACAAUGGACUGAAGCAGUCAAAUUAUAAUGAAAAGGUCAUGUAUGUGGAAGGGACCGCAGUUAUUAUGGGUUUUGAAGAUCCCAUGCUACAAACAGAUGACACUCCUAUUAAACGCUGUCUUCAAACCAAAUGGCCAUACAUCGAAUUACUCUGGACCACAGAUCGCUCUCCUUCACUAAACUGAUUUGCAUAAGUAUUUAAAAGGAAGAUUGUAAUAGCAGAUAUUGAAAGAGGGUUGUAAGACUGGCAGUUGGCUAUACACUGGUAUCACUGACUAAUUGUAAAUAACAUAAGAACACAUUUUCAGUGUUUAAGAUAUGUUUAAAUUAUUUAUGUUAAGAUUUACCCUAUUUUAACUCUGUGUGUGAAAUUUACUAGCAAAAUUAAGCUUUAAUCAAAGUUCACCACUUUUGCAGUUGGAUAAUUGGUCAUUUAUCAAAUUACAAAUAUUUAAUACUACAGCAUUUGUAUAUUAAGUAUCAAAGUUACUAUUUAUAAACUAUUUUGGGGUUUUAUUUCAUUCAGGUAUAUUAUAUUGUUUAAAUGAUUCUGGCUUGCAAUAUAUCAGCUUCCAUAUUUAAAUGCAGAGUUAAUUUUUAUUUCUUUUUAAAAAUCUGUUUCCCAUUAGAAAUACUAAUAAAUAACAAAUUAUCAACUUGGAUCUUUUGACAAUUGGCUUAGCUCUGGCAUGUUUAUAAAAAAGUAGAAACUAUAAAGGAACAUUACCGUUUAUUCACAGAUAUAUAGAGAAUGUAUUUUUUAAAAAGAUAGUAAAGAGAAUCUGUUUAAUAGUCUUAACACUGUUAACUCUUACUGUAUUGCCAAAUACACUAUUCUAAACUUGUCCCAACAGCCCUGUAAGCCAGGUUUUUUGUAAAUUUAUAAAUAUGAUAGAUGCAUGAAAACAUCUGUUAUUAGUAUAUUGCAUUAUUUAUUAUGAUCCUAGUGGAUGGCUUAAAUAAACACUUUUCUUUAAAUGUA